AUGAAGGUAUCCUGUCCAGGGGCGGUCGGCGGGCUCGUUAUCCUGUGCGCGGCUCAGCUCGGUUACUGCAUCGACACGUCGUUCAACAGCACCUGCGCAGAGAGCUGCCAAAAUUCUCUCAGACCCGUCAUUUUCGCAGACUUUCUUCGCCAUGCGACACUGCGGGAGCAAAACUGCAAGAGCGCACUGAGCUUGACUUCGACGUACAUCUGCAUCGACCUCUACUGCGGCGCUUCGACCCGGAAAAUGGCGCUGGCGCGCAUGAAUGAUACUUGGCGGCUGGAGCUACUCAUACCAUCAUCACUUCUUGUAUGGCUAGUAAAACUGCCGCUCGGUCCAUCUUCGUGGCUGAAGCGCCGGCUGCUUCUACCAGCGACCUUUGGCUACCGAUGCGCCCAGAGAACCUGGGGCUGCUCCGUGCCGCCGCGAAUACAGUCGCUCACAAUAUUUGCGUUCAUUGCCAUAAACACCGUGUUCUCGGUAAUCGGCUACCAACUGACCAAAGAAAAUUAUUACUUCGACAGCGUCCUCGAUCAAGCGCUUCGCUACGUGUCUGAUCGAACUGGAAUCAUAGCUUUUGUCAACUUCCCUUUGAUAUGGCUAUUUGGCAUGCGCAACAAUGUUGCCAUCUGGCUCACGGGGUCGGACUUUGGCACUUAUAACAGCUUUCACCGAUGGACAGCUCGCAUUGCGACAAUACAGGCAAUUGUGCAUUCCCUCGGGUAUAGCAUAAUAGUGCAUCGCCAGGGUGGCUGGUAUGGUUUGUACGCACAAUGCCUCGAGUAUGCAUACUGGCAGGCUGGAGUUUUGGUAGGCACGCCUCGAGUUUCAGCAAACACUCACUUACAACAAGCAGGCUACAGCACUCAUGUGCCUACUAAUACCACUGUCCAAGCCAGUCAUACGCAGGGUGAGUACGCCAUCGGUGCGCAGAAUGAGCCAGCAUCAAACUCACAAGUGCGUAGCCAUGUAUCCAUCUUUAAUGGCCGUUGGAACGGUUUUGUACGGGUCCCGACCUAUAUAUGGAUCUUUGAUCGCAUUGUGAGAGUAUUACGCUCCGCGGCUUUCAGCCCUCUGUCGUGGGGCAGCAAAGCGCGCGCAUCAUACUCCCAAGCCGCAGACAUUGUACAGGUGAGCGUGCCAGUGGAGUGGUACUCGCUACGUAAGCCAAAACCCGGCACGUUCUUUUACUUGACGGUUCUAUCGGACGUCAAGUCGAGAUUACAGAGUCACCCGUUUACAGUUGCCGCUGUGGUGACGAAACCGCCCGUCCAAGCGGAAGAGCGAACAGCCUUGCUUGCUCCCACCCAUUGCGACGACGGAAACGGCAAGACGCAGACGGCCAUUGGUUCAGCUUCGAUUGAAUUCUUAAUCCGGCCAUAUAAUGGUUUUACCGCCCAGUUGCGAGAGCUGGCGCUGGAUACAAAACAGUUCAAGGUACUUGUGGAAGGGCCCUACGGCACCAGCCAUCCUCUUCACACCUACAAUCAUGUCGUCUUUAUCGUAGGGGGCACAGGUAUCGUGACGCCCAUCUCAUACAUGCAUCGCUUAAUCGGAAACUCGAAACGCAAGCCGGUAGUGGAUCUGCAUUGGGCUGUUCGCGAACCUGCCUUUGCAAACAUGGUGUUAGAGCACUACCUUGGUGAAGCACUGAGAGCAGACAACAUUGAAGUGACGCUACACGCCUCGAGGUCCAUCGAUUUGCAGCCGCUCUUCUCGGAGUCUGUCUCGCAGCGCAUGGGCCGGCCCGCCAUCCCCGCCAUCAUAGCGGCCACGGCGACGGCUGCUGGACGAGGCCGUCUAGCUGUUGUGGCCUGUGGUCCGGAAGGCAUAUUGGACGACGCUAGACUUGGCGUCCUUUGCCUGGUAGACGUCGCAUGUAUCGGCGCCAGGGGCCACGCUUAG